AUGGAACGCUCACAGGUUGCUUCAUCUGUAGCAGGUUUUACAGCUUCACUAGGCUCUAUUAUACUGUUUCCAUUAGAAAUGAUCAAAGUUAGACUUAUUGUGUCAGACACUUUUAACUCGACAUUAAAGGAAAAAUAUAGAAACCCAAUUCAUGCAUUAAAAUCCUUAUAUUCUUCUGAAGGUGCUUUAUCAUUAUAUAGAGGGUGGCAUAUAAGCCUAUGCUCAAGCUUUGCGUGAACUGUCUAUUUUUAUUUUUAUGAAUCAGCGAAAAAAAGAUAUUCAUUGGAAUUCAAGCAAAAACACCCAGAAAUAUAUAGAUUUUCAGUGGCUGCAGAAGCUGCUGUUAUAUCGAGGAUUAUUACAAAUCCUUUGUGGGUGAUCAAGACUAGGGUUAUGCUCCAAAAUCGUACAAGUCAUUGGUAUGGAGAUACAGUUGAAGCUAUUAAAAAAAUUUAUAAAUUAGAUGGGGUGAGAGGGUAUUUCUCAGGGCUGAUGCCUGGGCUUAUCCUAUGCUCAAAUGGGGCUUUUCAGCUGUAUUUUUAUGAAUUAUUGAAAGAGGUUAUGGAUGGAUAUGAUAAUAACGGGAAAAUUGCUAUUGCUGGAGGAGCCAGCAAAUUUCUAUCAACGAUUGCACUUUAUCCAAUGCAGUCUGUGAUGGUAAAGCUUCAGCAAGAGCAGUAUGGAAAAUUCGCAAGCACAAACUCAAAAGAAAUUCAUGGGAAAGUGCAGGAUGAAAAACUUUUUACAGGAUUCAGGAACUGUAUUAUAAAAACUUGGAAUUCGGAAGGACAUAAAGGGUUUUAUAGAGGACUGUCGGUCCAACUGAUCAGAAUUUCGCCAUAAUUAAAAUAUGAAGUCGACCAUCUCUUUCAUAUUUUAAUUAUGAAUCUUGGCUUCACCUGGUGAAUUUAUACGAGCUAUGUCAGGGAAGAAGAUUUGGGUGGUUUUUUCCUAUCGGACUCCUGACCUUAGGGAAUUGAGUUUUAAACCUACCCCAAGUGAUGGAGACUGGAACUUUUAGGGUGCCGAUCGGGCUCAAGUGCUUGAGCUCAAAGAAGAGUUGUAGAAGCCCAAACUUAAACUAGCGUUCUCAUUGUGUGAAAAUUCCAAGAUAGCCACACCAUUGGUGGGUGCUGAGAGAAAAUUAUACGAAAUUCGCCCGGAGUAGUGUUGGGGUUAGCUGUGUUCUGGCAGCCUGGUAAUGGACGUUAAACUUGCUAUAGAUAAUCAAGAUAAGAUAAGAAUUUUGCCUACAAAUGCUUUAUUUUUUGUGAUUUAUGAAAAAACAUACAGGACUAUUAUGGAACUUUAA